AUGACCAUUAAGGCUCUUCCCGAGGAGUCCCUCAGCAAGGUCCCUCGCGGCCGGCUCUUCCCGAGGAGUCCCUCAGCGAGAUCCCUCGCGGGAGGCUCUUCCCGAGGAGUCCCUCAGCGAGGUCCCUCGCGGGAGGCUCUUCCCGAGGAGUCCCUCAGCGAGGUCCCACGCGGUAGGCUCUUCCCGAGGAGUCCCUCAGCAAGGUCCCUCGCGGCCGGCUCUUCCCGAGGAGUCCCUCAGCGAGAUCCCUCGCGGCCGGCUCUUCCCGAGGAGUCCCUCAGCGAGGUCCCUCGUGGUCGACUGUUCCUGAGGAGUCCCUCAGCGAGGUCCCUCGCGGCUCUUCCCGAGGAGUCCCUCAGCAAGGUCCCUCGCGGUCGGCUCUUCCCGAGGAGUCCCUCAGCAAGGUCCCUCGCGGUAGGCUCUUCCAGAGGAGUCCCUCAGCGAGGUCCCUCACGGCCGGCUCUUCCCGAGGAGUCCCUCAGCAAGGUCCCUCACGGUAGGCUCUUCCCGAGGAGUCCCUCAGCAAGGUCCCUCGCGGUAGGCUCUUCCCGAGGAGUCCCUCAGCGAGGUCCCUCGCGGUCGGCUCUUCCCGAGGAGUCCCUCAGCGAGGUCCCUCGCGGUAGGCUCUUCCCGAGGAGUCCCUCAGCAAGGUCCCUCGCGGUAGGCUCUUCCCGAGGAGUCCCUCAGCGAGGUCCCUCGCGGUCGGCUCUUCCCGAGGAGUCCCUCAGCGAGGUCCCUCACGGCCGGCUCUUCCCGAGGAGUCCCUCAGCGAAGUCCCUCGCGGUAGGCUCUUCCCGAGGAGUCCCUCAGCGAGGUCCCUCGCGGCCGGCUCUUCCCGAGGAGUCCCUCAGCGAGGUCCCUCGCGGUAGGCUCUUCCCGAGGAGUCCCUCAGCGAGGUCCCUCGCGGCCGGCUCUUCCCGAGGAGUCCCUCAGCAAGGUCCCUCGCGGUCGGCUCUUCCCGAGGAGUCCCUCAGCGAGGUCCCUCGCGGUAGGCUCUUCCUGAUGAGUCCCUCAGCGAGGUCCCUCGCGGCCCGGCCGGCUCUUCCCGAGGAGUCCCUCAGCGAGGUCCCUCGCGGUAGGCUCUUCCAGAGGAGUCCCUCAGCGAGGUCCCUCGCGGCUCUUCCCGAGGAGUCCCUCAGCAAGGUCCCUCGCGGUCGGCUCUUCCCGAGGAGUCCCUCAGCAAGGUCCCUCGCGGUAGGCUCUUCCAGAGGAGUCCCUCAGCGAGGUCCCUCACGGUCGGCUCUUCCCGAGGAGUCCCUCAGCGAGGUCCCUCGCGGUAAGCUCUUCCCGAGGAGCCCCACAGCGAGGUCCCUCACGGCCGGCUCUUCCCGAGGAGUCCCUCAGCAAGGUCCCUCACGGCCGGCUCUUCCCGAGGAGUCCCUCAGCGAAGUCCCUCGCGGUAGGCUCUUCCCGAGAAGUCCCUCAGCGAGGUCCCUCGCGGUAGGCUCUUCCCGAGGAGUCCCUCAGCAAGGUCCCUCGCGGUCGGCUCUUCCCGAGGAGUCCCUCAGCGAGGUCCCUCGCGGUAGGCUCUUCCUGAUGAGUCUCUCAGCGAGGUCCCUCACGGCCGGCUCUUCCCGAGGAGUCCCUCAGCAAGGUCCCUCGCGGUCGGCUCUUCCCGAGGAGUCCCUCAGCGAGGUCCCUCGCGGCCGGCUCUUCCUGAUGAGUCCCUCAGCGAGGUCCCUCACGGCCGGCUCUUCCCGAGGAGUCCCUCAGCGAGGUCCCUCGCGGUAG